UGAAGCGACUCUCAAUUUUGCUGUGAUUCCAAUUUAAUUUAGUUGAAUCAUUAGCUUGUGGACAUCAGACUUAAGUAGACGUGUUGUCGUUGCGGGUAAAAAAAAAUAAAAUAAUUGUAAAUUUUCUUAUUUGGUUGUUUUAGUUUCGAGGUCGAGUAUAAGAAAAAAGUUUUUAAAACGUUUAUAAUUUUUUAAAAUAAAUCGAUAAAGUUUAAUAUUAAUUUAUAAAAUAGGUUUUCAAAACUUCAAAAAUAAAUAGAGUGUAAAAAGAAUAUUGAAUUUAGUAAAAGAAAAAAUAAAAAAUUAUUUUUAAAAUUUUCAAAUAUGCAUAAAAUAAAAUCAAAUUUAAUUUUUAAUAUAAAAGAAAUUUUAAUUUGUAAUUUGAAAAAUAAAAAUGUUUAAAAUAUUUUGUCUUCAAUUUUCAAACAUUUGAGUAACUAUGGUUAAUAACUAUAAUAAAAUAUUUUUAUACAUCUGUAAGUAAUUAUUGUUAAAAAUCGAUAAGCUCGUAUAGUACAAAAUAAAUUCGUAUUAUAAAUAAAAUAAAAUUAAAUUUAUAAAAAUAAUAAUAAAAAAGACGGAUUUUAAUGAUUUUAUAUUUAUUGAAUUUAAACUUAUUACUCUAAUAUUGAAUUGAUCGGAAAAGAAAUAAAAAAGCAAAAAUUAAUAAUUUAAGGAAAAUGACAGCAAGCCAUAUGCAAUUACAACAACCUAGAUUGGUUAAACCUAUUGGUUUACCAACUAAUGGAUCUCGACAAUUUUUACCAAAUUCAUUUUCAUUUGAUACUCCACCACCACCAGCAGUUGCAGCUGCUAUUGCAACAGUUGUUAAAACAGUACCGAGAACAAUAGGUACAAGGCGUUGUCUUUUUGGCAAACCCGAACCUGGUUCAAUUAAAGCAAUUUACAAAGAAGAGGUAGAACGCCAGAGGCAAAUUACAAUUAAUAGAUUUGGAUUUGAUGUUAAAACAGAAAAAUUUGUUAAUAAUACAGAUGACAAAAAUUCGAAUACAAAUAUUAGUAAUAAUUUAAUGACUGAUACCAAUAAUGUUGAACCAUCAAUUUCAGCAUCAUCUUUAUCAUCACCAUCAUUAACUUCAUCAUCAUCUUCAAUAUUACAAAACAAAGACGAAACGUUAAAUGUACAAGAACAACAAGAGAAAAUAUCUACAUCAAUUUCAGAACAGCUUUCAAGUGAUAAUAGUCUUAAUAAUAAUUAUAAUAACGUUAAUAUAAAUAAUACUGAUUAUAUUAAAAAUAACGAAGAAAAUAAAAAAGAAUGUCCUAUUGAUAGUAAUAGUAAUAAUAAUAACAAAGUAACAUCAGUAAUAAAUUGUGAUGAGGCCAGAGGCAAUAUAUAUAAUAAUAUUAAUAAUAAUAAUUGUGAAACUACAUCAAUAACAACAACAAAAUUGAAUUGCAAUAAUAAUAAUAAUAAUAAUAAUAGCAAUGAAUGUGAUUUUUAUUCGUGCAAUCAGAAUACAAAUAAUUUAUUAAAUAACAAUAAUAUUAUUAAUAAUAAUUAUAAUGAUAUAACGGAAGCAAUAUUAUCAUCAUCAUUACCUUCAUCACCGUCAUUAUCAUUAUCACUGAUUUCACCAAUGAAAUCAAUUAAAAAAUCAAGUGAAAAGAAAAGUGAAAGAACGCAACCCUAUUUAAAACAGAGUAGAAUAACUGAAUACAAAUUUCUCGUUAAAAAAUCACUCACUUUCAAUACAAAUGAUAAGCCGAAGCCUCAGAAAGCAAUAAUUCAUAAUCUUUAUAAUAACAAUAAUCAUCACCAUCAUCAGCAAUCGUCGCAUAUUAGAGAAGAUGUAAUUGAAGACAAUGUCAUUUCAUGAGGAGUUCUCAUAUUAAUGAAUUCAAAAAAAAGGACAUCUUCUUUUUUUUUUUUUAAUACAAAACAAACAAUGAAAAUUUUAACAUUUAAUUAUGCAUACCAUAAUUUUUUCUAAUAAGAAUAAAAAAAUGACGAAAAUUUAUAGAAAUUAGAAUAUAAAAUGUAAAAAAAAAAAACAGGAAAAUAGUCCAUACGAAUGAUAAAUACACAUUUAUGAAUACACUCACACACACACUUGCAUGAAUCAAGAAAAUAAUCAAGAUAAUUUUGAAAAAGAAACCAUGUUUAAUCCUUGUCAAUCAUAGAGAAAGAAAAAUUUAAGCAUAGCAUUUUUGUGUACAACCAAGAUUUUUCGAGUCUUAUAAAAAAGAAAAAAUGUUGCACAAACGUUUGAAAGAUGUCGCUCAAAAUAAAUUACAUAGUAUAAGUGAAAAUAAAUUUUUAAUUCUUUCCAUAACAUUUUUUCAUAAAUUUCAAAAAAAUAAAAAUCAAAGAACUUCUUAAACUAGAAUUGCUAAAGUAGAAGAAUUUAUAUGAAAAGUUAAAAUCGAGGAUUCAAAAGUAAAAUGGUUAAACGCCCACGC